AUGCUCUCUUUACCUAGAUUAGAACUUAUGGGAGCACUUUUAUCUGCUAGACUGAGUGAAAAAAUCAUAGAAGGUUUGGAAUUUCCAGUUGAGCGAAUUUUUUGGACUGAUUCGUCUAUUACGUACUUUUGGAUAAGAGGUUCACCAGAUAGGUUUAAAAUUUUCAUAAAGAACAGAAUUCAGGAAAUUCACAAACACAGUAAUCCUUCAGAAUGGUUUCACUGUCCUGGAACGGAUAAUCCAGCUGAUUUAAUAUCACGUGGACUUUCGGUUUCAGAAUUAGAAAACAGCGACUUUUGGUGGCAGGGUCCACUGUGGCUGAAAGAAGAUGAAUCGUCGUGGCCAAAAUCUUUAGAAACACACAAAGAACUUAUUGCAAAUCCAGAGACACUAGAAAUUCGGAAAGUUUUAACUUUAAACACAAACGUCGCAGAGAGAAACGAAAACAUCAACAAUUUCCUUAAUCGAUACUCCUCUUUCACUAGGUUGGUUAGAAUUACAGCUUAUUGCUUAAGAUUUCUUAAAAACUGUAAAGAUACAAAUAGAAAAAGGGAUAAUUUAAGUACAUUCGAGCUACAAAAUGCUACACAGGUGUUAGUAAAAUGUGUGCAAUCUAUAGAGUUUAGCUCUGAGAUUAAAUGCCUAAAAAACAAACAGCCAAUUCCUCAAAAUAGCAAAAUCAUAUCAUUGAAUGUGUUUAUGGACGACAAUGGACUUAUGAGAGUUGGUGGUCGCUUGAAAUUCUCCGAGUUAACAGAAUCACAAAAAUAUCAAAUGCUUUUACCGAAAUCUCAUCACCUUACACAAUUAAUCAUCGAACACUUUCAUAACAAAUCAUUACACUCGGGAGUUCAGACAACACUUUAUUUGAUUAGACAAUUUUACUGGAUACCUUCUGGACAAGAUAGAGUCCGAAGAUUCAUACAUAAAUGCUUGACUUGUUUCAAGACUAAGACACAAACUAUUAAUCAAAAGAUGGGUAACUUGCCCAAAGAUCGGAUCGUACCAUCACGACCCUUUGAUAAAGUUGGUUUAGACUUUGCUGGUCCCAUAUUAACAAAACCUAAUUUGAAGAGAUCUAAGGUUGUAAUUAAAUCUUACAUCGCUAUAUUUAUUUGCUUCAGUACUAAGGCUACUCACUUCGAGGUUGUCUCAGACUUGACAACAGAUGCUUUUUUAGCUUGUUUGAGAAGAUUCAUUUCGAGACGUUCAAAACCGUCGAUUAUUUGGAGUGAUAACGCAUCUAACUUCAAAGGUGCGAGAAAUGUUUUGAACUCAAUGCUUGAACUUUGCCAGUCUAACUCUGUACAGAACUUUAAUGCUGAAGAGGGAAUUCAGUGGCAUUUUACACCGCCUGCAUCUCCUAACUUUGGUGGUCUGUGGGAAGCUAAUAUUAAAUCCAUGAAAAUACUCUUGAAAGUCCAUUACAAGAGAAAACCAUUACAGGUUUGUUUCAAUUUUCAAUACAGAAUCGUUACAGAAUCACCACUAGCAGGCAAUUUUCAUAGAAAUAAAUAA